UCUACUUUAACUUUUCGUUUGUCCUCAUAACAUUACAAUUAUUGAUACAGUACUUGGAAGGAGUGGUUUUAUUUUAUACUUUUAGCUGUGUUUUUAUUUAAUUUUUAUUUUGUAAUUUUUUUCGCGAAAUCUAACCGAAAAGAUGUGUAAUAACGAAAAUGAUCAACAUAAAACCUACCAAGAAGAUAGUAGGAUCCCUUGUCGAUAUGGAAUUGAAUGUUACCAAAAGAAUCCUGUUCACCACAAAAUAUACAAACAUCCACCUACAGAACACGUUAAAAAGCAAAUUAUUACAAAACAUUCAAAAAAAAGGAAAACGCAAGAUGACAGAAAGACGAAAAAAAAGAACAGCAGUGAAGUAUUAAACGAUUCUCAGAAGAAAAAAGUGCAGAAGAUACACGAUAAUAUGACUGAUGAAAGCAUUGUGUCCACUGUUGAUAAUACUGCAAACAAUGAUGAUAAAAAAAUCAAAACCACAGAAGAUGUAUCGAAUUCUGAGUUGGCAGAGUCUGUAAACCAUUCAGUUAAUCGAAUUACCAUUACAUCAUUAUUAAAAGAUUGCAAUAUUAACAUUGAAAGUGGCAAAUUACUUCCAAGUGAUGCGCAAACAGUUAUUUCAUGCUUGUUUCUCACUGAAAUGCCAGAAGAUUUCUUUCAAUUUUUUGAAUUUUGUAAGAGCAUUUCUAAAACGGAUCCUUUGAAUGCAUUAAAAAAUCUUCAAUUGCAACUUGUGGGUCCCUAUGAUGUGUUCAAGGAUGAUUUUUUAAGUUCUAAUGUUAGUGAUAAAAAAGCAUUGCUGAGGCACUGGAGAUAUUAUUAUGAUCCAGCAGAAUUUCAAACUGUUAUUAAAAUUGAUGACAAAGAUAAUUUGCAUUUUGGUUAUUGGAGAGACGAUAGUUUGGAGAAGCCUGUGUUCGUAGCAAAGAACAAAGCAAAUGUAAAUUGUAUAAUUGAACCUGUUGCGGAAAAUAUUUUUGGCUCUGUCAACAUAUAUAUAGAAGAGAAACUGAAACUGGCUAAUCCAUUUCAAAAGAUCCGGAUAGCACAGCUACAUCAAAAGCUGAGAAACUAUGCCAAAGAAAAGAAUAUAACAUUGGACAAACAGACAAAUAGUAUGCUGGUUAGAAAGAAGGAGGUUGUUGCAAGUACUUUUCACAAAGCUGGUAUUGUAGUACCAUAUGACAGCAAAACUGAAAUAGGAUAUAGAGACUUAGCUGUAACUAAUAACGAAUUAGAUAAAAUAUUGAAACAAAUAGAGCAGGCUUCAACGUCGGAAGCGAAGAAACCACCGAUGUCGAAGCUUGAGGAAGUAAUAAGGUUGGCAACGAUCGCCGCUGACGAAUGUGAUUUCGGCACAUGCUUAGAAUUGGGCCACGAUCUUUUCUCUUGCGGUGUUCCUUUUGUUCAAAACAAAGCGUUAAAUAUGCUUUCUGUCGCUUACAAUCUGUUGCAGAGACCGCAGCUAUUAGAAAUAGCUCGGGCUCAUUUAGAAGAUAGGAGACGCGGUUCGAACUUAAGUGUCCUUUAUUAAUUAUUGUAAUUUGGUUAGGGAUGUGCAAGAUCCCGGACCUGAAAUGAUCAUAUUGAAUCUUUUAAAUGUGAAUCGACCUGAUUUUAUCUUAGCUACAUGAAUUGUUGAAAUUUUCGGGAUUCUGCACAUCCUUACUAUUGACUAAAAGGAGAAUUAUUGAAAAUAUUAGAAUGAUGAUAAUUACGGUUUAUGAACAUAAACAAAAUGCAUUGUAUUUUUCAUUUUGUAUAAAAAAAAA